AUGCUUGGAGGCCAGAGCUCUGGCUGCUGCAUUGGAGGAAGUGGAGGAAGUGGAGGAUACGGUGGAUCCAGACAACGUAUCAUCGUAGUCCAAGGAGGCCAAGGAUCAUCCUGCUGCAGUGGUGGUGGCUAUGGCGGCCUUCAACAGAUUUCUGGAUCUGGACUCGGUUCCUAUGGUGGUAGCGGUGGAGGUGCAGUCUGCUGCAGUAGUGGCAGUGGUGGCACAGUGUGUUGCGGCAGUGGCGGCAGGGGUGGCUAUGGCGGCCUUCAACAGAUUUCAGGAUCUGGACUCGGGUCCUAUGGUGGUAGUGGUGGCGGUGCAGUCUGCUGCAGUAGUGGCAGUGGCGGCGGAGUGUGUUGCAGCAGCGGCGGCAGGGGUGGUGGUGCCGUCUGCUGCGGCAGCGGUGGCAUGGGACAAUCUGGCCAGAUCAUAGUGGUACCAUCUGGGGGUUAUGGCGGGCAGUCCUCUGGAUGCUGCAUUGGGUCUGGGUCUGGUUAUGGUUAUGGUGGUGGCAUGUCCCAGCAAAAAGUGCCCGUAAUGGCCAUGGGUGGUGGCAGCGGAGGAGCAGUUUGCUGUAGUGGUAGUGGUGGGGGUGCUUCCUGUUGUGCUUCAUCAGGGUCCAGUGAUGGUGGAGUUCAGGUUGUAGGUGUGGGACCCAGUCAAGGUGGAGUUAAGGUUGUAGGCGGGGGCUCCAGUGAUGGUGGAGUUAAGGUUGUAGGCGGCGGGUCUGGUGGCAGUGGAGGAGCUGUGUGUGCUAGCAGUGGCAGUGGAACCGUGUGUGUUAGCAGUGGCAGCGGCAGUGGAGGCACAGGUGGGGUUAAGGUAAUAGGAUCUGGGGGGAGCGGAGGAGGCUUUGGUUCUGGAGGAAGUUCUGGUGGGAAAACUAUUGUAGUAUCAAGUGAUGGAGGAAGUGGUGCAACUUGUUGUAGUACAGGGGGAUCUAGUGGGGGGACCAUUGUUGUUUCCUCUGGUGGUUCUUCUUAUGGACCUAUGAUGGGGCAAACCAAGCAGGCUGUUUCAUUGCCACAACACUUAAACCUGCGAGCUCAGCAGCAGCCUCCUCCUCCUCCUCCUCCUCCGCAACCACCGCAGUUGCAGCCGCAGCAAGAUUUUGGGGGGCACUUCAUCGGGCAACAGGGCUUGCAGCAACCCUGGGGGCAGCAGCCGGCGGGCACAUCACAGCAGAUGAUAUCUGAGCCGCCGCCGCCGCCACCACAGCAAUCGCAACCUCCGCCGCCGCCGCCACCGGAAGACCCGCCACUGCCCAUCUUUGAGAACUAA